GCCGAUGUCGAGGACUGCUUCUACAACUUCGCCAUCGAUGGCUUGGCGGAGUGGUUCGGUUUCGACGACCCGCUGCCCGCCGCCGAGAUCAGGGACACGCACGGCAUCAAUGUCGGAGCGUUCUGGGACCCCGAGCUGAACGCGAUGGUCUCCGUGGAGGACGACAUUGUCCUGUACCCGUGCAUGCGCGCUAUGUGCAUGGGGUGGUCCUGGGCUCUGUACUUCGCGCAGGAGGCUGUGUCCGCUAUGACAGAGCGGGCGCUGCGCUCGUCGUCUCUACCGACGCCUGCCAUGGUGAAGGAGCAUCAUCCCGCGCCCGACUUGAAUGAGUCUAAGGUCAUGGGGAGCGUCUACGUGGACAACAUCGCUGUCUUCGGCAGGGACGCUCCUCUGGCUCGUGAGGCGAGCUCCGCCCUGCAGGCUGAAGCUGAUCGAUCGGGUUUGCCAAUCACGUGGUCCUAUCCUGAUGUGGUGACCCACCUCGAGACCGUAGGCGUUGAGAUCGACCUCAGGAAGGGGAAGCUUCGCAACAAGGCCUCCCGAGUGUGGCGGUUCGACUUGGCCACCCGCGCUCUCCUGCGUCGUGGCAAGAUGCGAGGAGAGCACAUGGAGGUCUGGCUGGGCCACGCUGCAUCGCUGCUGAUGCUGGCCAGGCCUGGGUACGCCGCGCUCUCGGCCACGUACCGGUUCGCCGAGACCGCCUGGGGUGUUCGGACCCCUCUGCCGCGUGAGGUCAUGCACGAGAUGAGGUUGGUCACUGGGCUGGUCUGGCUCGCUGAGGUCGACCUGGCGGCGCCCUACGUGCCGCAUGUCUAUGCCAGCGACUCCGCCGACAACGGGUACGGCCUGAUGUGCAAGAAGGCCACGGUCGAGGAGAUGCAGUCGGCCUUCCGCUGGAAGGAGAAGUGGAGCUUCAGGCAGCACCUCCGAGGCCCCCGAGUCGGUCUGACUUCGGCCGCUGAUAUCGCUGAGAUGGGCGGCUACAAGGAAGUAGACGAGACGCAGCUGGAUCACGAGGUGGGGCCCCGCUGCCGCUCCGCCGAGCCGAACGCUGCCUCCGCCCCUGCCGCGGCCUUCGGCCAGUGGCUGCAGAGCAAGGCCGAGGAGGGCUCUGCCCUCGACAGACCUCAUCGGCCUCGCCCUCGCCGUCUGCGACGGCGCCCAGCCGACCCUGACGAUCCCGACGCCGAGUGCCUCGGUCAGGUGGGUCCCCUGGCACCGCCGCUGCCCGCCUCCUGGUUCGACUCGGAGGGCUUCAAGCUGGUGGCGGCAAGGCGCCGGCGCUGGCCUGGGGAGCACAUCAAUGUGAAGGAGACCCGCGCCGCAGUGAUGGGACUGCGGCAUGCCUGUUGCGUUCGCCAGAAUUGCGGACGCCGCCUAGUUUCUCUCGUGGACUCCAUGGUAUGUGUUGGCUGCCUGGACAAAGGGCGGUCCAGCCGCUCAGCAGCUUUGAACGCGCAGUGCCGGCGAGCUGCGGCCUACACAAUCGGGUGUAGAGUGCGUUGGAGGCUGCGGUAUGUCAACGCGAAGUUUAACGUGGCCGACGCUCCAUCUCGUCGGUUCGAGCACAACUCCCCCGACAAAGGCCAGGGUUUCUUGGAGCUGUUCUCGGGCGAGGGUGGGCUCUCCAAGGCGCUCGAGGAGCUCGGCCUGUCUACUUACCCCUGCAUGGACAUCAAAGAUGGGGCUCGCUAUGACCUCCAGGACCCGAAGGCGCUGGAGCUCACCCCCGCAGUCUUUGCCAGGCGUGGGCCCUGGCCGCGGGCAUGUCAGCGCCUGCGCGAGCCCGAGGCGGCCCAGGCCCGCCUGACGGCGGGGGCCUGGAGGCCCGGCUUCGCGAUGCUGCGCGACGGCCGGCUUCGCGCGCCCGCGGGCGCCUCCGACCAGCUCGGCAGCGGCUUCAAGCGGAGCCUGACCUCGGGCUCACUGGCGCCGUCGACUCAGCCGACCUCGAGAGCAGGUUUGACCACCUGCGGCCUUUCAUCGUCUUCGGUCAGGACUCCAACCUCGAAGCAGCAAGGAAGCAGGCAGCCCGCUCGAGGAAAGGCCCGAAAGGUCGCUGGCCGCCGCUCCCGCGUCUCUAGCUUCGUGGAGGCGAUCAAGGGCCGCAACCUGAGCUUUGGGCCGACGGCGCCAGUCCCUGCGGAUGGAGGUGUCGCCCGUUUCGGUUCGAUCACCUCGACGUCGCUCGAGCGAUAUGGGACUGCAGUUCGCGAGUUUUUCGACUGGGCGACGCGCUCAGAUGACCUCAGACAAGCUCCAGAGUCCGUUAUCGAUCAGAAAAUGUGCAAGUACUUCGAUGUUCUCAUGAGUGAUGCUCGACAGGCCGCUGAAGGACGGUACACACUCUGGGGGUAUCUGACUUUCUUCCCACGGUCGGACAUCGCCAAGUCCGCCCGCCUCGCGAUGGCUCGUGAGGCGAUGAAGGGCUGGGUCCGCAGGUUUCCUGGCUCCUCACGACAUCCGUGGCCUCUCUCGGUUUUCUAUUUGUUCAUGACUGUCUUCCUGAGGGACAAUCACACCGAGGCUGCCGUCGCCCUGGCCAUCCAGCUAGACGCCUACCUGAGACCUUCUGAGAUUUGCGAACUGCGGUGGUGCUCCGUGGUUCAGCCCUCAAAGCUCUCAUCUUCAUUGUCAAGAAACAAGUGGGCUGUUGUCAUUGGUAACUCAGACCUCGGUGAGACCACGAAGACUGGUGAGAGUGAUGACACUGUAGUCCUCGACUCUAUCGGCCGUGAGUGGGUAG